GGCCAGCUCGGCGAUUUGUUCGAGAUGCGCUUUAGGCCUUGGGCUUUGUUCAAGACCCAUUGGGCCCACGGAAGACUCUCGCAAUAUUACAGAGAACAUGGCUGCCACAUUUGGCAGGCGAGCUGACUGACGACGCCGCACCGAGACUCCAGGCCGCCGGUACGAUGCAUAGUCUCUGCCGUACGUUCACGAGCACACCACGGCUACCUCACCUCUGCCGUACAGCGCUGUUUCUCAGACAUAGGUGUACACUGACGGGUAUGCAGAGAUUACAACGAACUUCAAGUUGCGAAGACGGUCCUCCCCCACGCGGCUUCGCCGAGCAUGCAACACCCAAGAAGGGCUACGCGCCGCUCUUCACGCCUGCCAAAAUCGCCCUCCUCCGGCCAGAGCUGCACGACCUAAGUUGCCCUUAAGUUUGCUAACGUGAGU